GUCAUCAGUCUGUCAAGCCGUGCCACGCACACAAGCGGACAUCAUGACUUCUUCUAGGUUAUUUAUUUACUUAUUUCUUGCCCUGCAUCUCCAAGUUGCGCCACGGUUUUCUGCGGUAGCAACGGAGAUAAAGGAUGAGGUUAAAGUAGAAGUUUUGUUCGUACCAGAAAAUUGCACACAGAAGAGUGGAAAAGGGGAUUUGGUAAAUGCUCACUACGAUGGAUACCUUGAGGAUGGAACAAAGUUUUACUGCAGUCGGUCAGUGAAGGAUGGACACCCUCAGUGGUUUGUUUUGGGUGUUGGGCAAGUAUUAAAAGGCCUUGACAUGGGAUUGAUGGAGAUGUGUGCUGGAGAGAAACGAAAACUUACUGUGCCUCCCUCAUUAGCGUUUGGAUCGAAAGGGAAAGCCCCUGUUCCACCAAAUGCGACAGUAAUCUUUGAAGUGGAGCUCUACUCAGUGGCCCGAGGUCCACGUAGCUUGGAGGCCUUCAAAGAGAUGGACCAAGACCAAGAUAAGAGUCUUACCGAAGAGGAGAUUAAACAAUACCUGAAGACACAAGAUUUGAAAAACACCGGCAAAACUAAAGAAGAGACCUUCUAUGAUGGUGUCGUGAAAGAUGUUUUUCGCAGGAAUGAUGCUGACAAAGACGGAACCCUAUCUGUAAAAGAGUACAAUGUCUUUGGACAUGAUGAACUUUAGCCUCCAACCAAAGUGCUCAAGUUUUUAAUUGUGUUUUUUAUGUCAUUUCAAACCUCACAAUUGCACAGAUUUCCUACAGAAAUACCACUACUGUGACAGUAA